UGACUAGUAUUAUUUUUAAUCCAAGCAGUUUAUAUUUCUUCAUCACAAAUAAAGCGUUGUGGUAAUGAUAAAAUAAAAUAGAGCAAAGUUUUUUUUUUAAUUUAUAGGGAUGUAAUUUAUAAAAGCAUUUUAAAAAAAUUUUAAGUUCUCGUAUGCUUCCUUGUUGUUACACAUAUCAUCUAUAAUGAGCCGCGUUUACAUAACUGGUUAUUUUCAAUUAAAAAGAAACCAACUGCAAGACUUUAAAGGAAACAAUCCAAUGUUUACAUCAAAGUUGUGAAACAAAUCUUAACGCUUCUUUGGUGUUUGAACAAUCGUAACAUAAUAACUAAAACGCAAAUUCUGCUAUUCUACGCACAUUGUUGAGUAACGGAGUGUUCUUAAAAAAUUACGCAUUCUGCUUCUUGCUUUGUAUGUUUUAAAUCAAUGAAUCGCCAUAUCUCUAUUUCAUCUUAACUUUGUAUAAAUUAAUUGUUUGGUGGUUUAUUUUGAAAUAGAGUCAUGGAAUCUCUUUUUUUCUAAGAAAUGGUUUGGAGAGCCAACAGUCCAUUCAAUACUUUAUGAUUGAGGAUAAGCCUAAAUUUCGGGGUUUUUUCAUUGAAAAUUCUAUGUUUGAACAAUCAAGCUAGUUGUAUAAAAAAUAAACUACUUUAUGACAGCAUUGUUUUAUACAAAGAGCGACAAAGAUUCAUCAGCUGUUUUUUAGUCAAUUAACCAAAAAAUAAACUUGGUAUAGAAUAAACAUGCAGUAAUGAAAUUAGUUCUGUAAAAAGUUUUGAUAUCACACCUUCGAAGACAAUAUUUAAAGAUUUGAUAUUUGUACGUAAUAAAAAUUCAACUUUAAAAAAUGGAAGCAGCUCAGCCUUUAAUUGUACUUCCCACGGAUGUAGUUGGGUCUAUCGAGAAUAGAACUUCAUCAAAUCAAAAAUUUAUUGUAACGCAUAAUGGUCGUUUUCACUGUGACGAUGUAUGUGCUGUCGGGUUUUUGUUAUUGUUACCCGAGUACAAAAACUGUAUAGUUGUUCGAACACGUGAUGAAGAAAUCAUUGAGAAAGCCGAUGUUGUAGUCGAUGUUGGAGGAGUAUACGAUGCUGAAAAUUAUAGAUUUGAUCAUCACCAAAAAGGAUUUUCUGAAUAUUUCAAUUCAACUUGUAACGUAACGAAACUAAGUAGUUUCGGUCAAGUCUAUAAAUUUUUUGGAAAACGACUUUUAAGGGAAAUUUUUUCCAUACCUGAGGAAGAUGUGAAUAUUAUUUACAACCUUUUAUACAAAUCUUUUGUUGAAGCGAUAGAUGCUAUUGAUAAUGGUGUCAACAUCACUCCUCCUGGCGUAGAUCCUCUCUAUCGUAUUUCAACUGAUCUUUCAUCUCGGGUUGCUAGAAUGAAUUCCAGCUGGAAUGAUUGGAAUCCUGACGAUUUUAUUUCAAAAGAAGCUUUUAUUAGCUCAAUACGUAUAGCUAUGGAGGAUUUCAUUUUCUCUAUUCUCUCGUACCGUGAUAACUGGCUUCCAUGCAAAAAUAUAGUGUACAAUGCUUACAAAGCACGUUUUGAAACGCAUCCAUCUGGGUAUAUUAUUGCUUUAGAAUUAGGAUGUCCUUUUGAGACUCACUUGGAAAUUAUAGAGGAAUCUGAAAAAAGAAAAAACGAAGAAAAUAAAAACCAAGAACAAGAAACAUUCAAACCGUUUAUACCAGUUUUCUUUGUUGUGUACCCGGACUGCCCCAAAAAGAACACAUGGCGACUAAAAACAGUUCGUAUAAACAAAAGUUCCUUUGCUUCACGUUUACCUAUCCCGAGUCGUUUUUGUGGGCUUCGUGAUAACAUGCUAAAUUUUCCUGGAAUUCGUUUUGUUCAUCAUCAAGGUUUUCUCGCUGGAGCCGAUUCUAAAGAAUCCGCCAUUUCUUUAGCCCAUCUCACGCUUUGUGAAGCAAACGUUUGGCAUGACUCUCCUUAAAACAACUUAAGAACUUGGUCUAUUUUAGUUGAUAAAAUUAA